AUGUCAAGGCCAACUCUGAUUUUCGCGGCGGGCGCAUGGUACCCGCACACCAUCUUCGACCCAAUUAUCAAAGAACUCGCCGACUAUAACUGCCACAGUGUCAUAUUUCCCUCCAUCCAGGAAGCCAGUUCGGUUGUCGACCUUCAACCAGAUAUCGAGGCUGUGAGAUCUAUCACCCAACAGGAAGCAGAUGCUGGCCAUGACAUUGUCAUCAUCGCGCACAGUUGGGCCGGGUUACCAGUGAGCAGUGCGUUGUAUGGACUGAGCAGGUCAGAGCGCAAAUCAGCCGGCCGAAAUGGCGGUGUUGUGAAACUCAUAUUCAUUGCCGCUUUCCUACCUAGCAUUGGCGAAGGUUUGAUCGGCGCAUUUGGUGGGAUGCCCCCGCCAUGGUAUGUGCGUGAUGAAGAAAAUGGGACUGUGACCGCCAGCGAUGCGCUCGUGCUGUUUCUCCAUGAUGUUGCCGAUGGUGCAGAGUGGGUUAAGCUUUUCAAGCCACAUUCUUGGGCGACUCAGAAUGCCCCCGCUACUGGUGCAGCGUACAUGAACAUUCCAUCUGCGUAUCUUUUAACAGAGGAGGAUCGUGCGACUCCGUUGCCGGUUCAGCAGGUGCUGGUGGAGCGGGCGCGACGGAGGGGGGCACAGAUUGAAACCGAGAAAAUCAAAACAGGACACACGCCCUGGUUGGCCAUGCCAGAUCAAGUGGUAUCUUACAUUAAGAAGCAUGCUAUGGAAUGA